UUACAAUUUAAAAAACAAAAAAUGGGUGAUGCAAAUGAGAAGACAAUGGAAAAGAAUGAAAAUAAUACAGGGGAACAUACUUCAUCAUCAAUAUCAGAAAAUACUCAAUCUACUGAUAUUCACUCAACAGAUGCAAAUAAAGAAGAAACAGAAAGCAAUAAAUCUGCAGGAAAAAACAAAAAUGUAGAAACUAGUGAUACUCAACAAUCAUCAACCAUACAACGAGAUACAGAAACCGUAAAACAAUUGAAGAAUCAAUUAGAAAUUGUAAUGAAUUCUUUGGCCACAUUAUCAGCAGAAAAAUCGAAGAUGGAAGCUAAUUUUCAAAACGACAGAAAACAAUUAAGAAUGGAACGUGAAGAAUGCGAGAAAGUAAUAAGAGAAUUAAAAGAAAAAUUAAAAAAGGGACAAAAUCAUAAUGUAUCUGAAAUGGAACAUAUUAAAUGUAAAUUAAUUAUGGAACGCCAUGAAAGGGAGAAAGAAAGAGCGAAUCAUGCAUCUGCAAUAAAAGAACUACAAAAGAUGUUACAUGAAGAACUUCGUAAUAAAGAACAAUUGGAGCAGCAAUUGAAAAAUUUAUUUGCCAAUAAAACGCAAUGUAAAAUUUUAGAAGCGGAAUUAGAAAUAACGAAAAAUAAAUUGAAACAAGCAGAAGAAGCAGCUAAAGAGACACCACCUCUUCUUCUUUCGUUACAAGCUGAAAUGGUUGCUAUGAAAAAGCAACAUCGUGAUGCUAUACUUGAAGAACAGAGAAGAGCAGCAGCUGCAGAACAACAAGCUAGAGUAUUAGCUAUGACUCAUGAAACAAGAGUAGCAGGUUUGGAAUCUCGCUUAGCUGAACUUUCCGAAACUGUUGGAGAAUAUGAUAGAUUACGGCAACAAGAUCAACGAUCUAUUCAAAAUCUUAAGGAUCAGUUAUCUAAUAUGCAAGAUGUAGAACACAAAGAAUGUGUCAAUGUGCCAAGCGAACCAGAAGAAAUUAUUUCAAAAAUAAAAAUGUUAUAUGGACGUUUAUUACAUUUAGACAAUAAAAAAGAUGAUUCAGCUUACGUUGAAUUGUUGUUAAAAAAUUUAGAAUUAAAUGGUAAGUAUAAAGAUUCUGAAUAUAAAGAAAAGUAUGAAUCUUUAUUAGAAGAAUUUAAAAUGUAUAAAGAGCAAAUAGCAACUAAAUAUGAUGUUGAUACAAGCCUUUUACGUAAAGGGCAUCAACAAACUUAUAACUUAAUGGAUUUACGUGAUAAAGAAAAUAGUAAAACUCAAUUGCAUUUACUUAAAACUCAUAAUACCAAUUUAGAAGAAAGAAUACGCACAUUAAAUAGCAAGUUAAUACAAAAAGAACAAGAAUUACAAAUAAAAAUAGAUCAUUACCAAGAGUUCUUACAAGUGGAACGUGCCAAAUCAGAAAAUAUAUUAUCCCAAAAGGAAAAUGAAUUUCGUAGUAAGUUGUGUACAUUGGAACAACAAUUACUGCGGCAAAGAGAACGAUCCAUCGCACUUGUUCAAGAAAAAGAGAAAGAAAUCUUUGCGUUGAAAGCUUCGUUUCAUGCAUUAUUACCAAAAAAAGAUUCAUCUUUUUUGGAAGGUGAAAGGAGUAUAACAAAAUACGAAAAUAAAUCAGAAUCCUCUAACGAUAUAGUAACAGGAUUAUUAAAUAAUGAUAGUCCUCCUAUAUUACAUUAUACCCAAGAAUUGGCAAGACACGAAGUGCAAAUAUCAUCUACCAGAAAGAGAAUAUUAGAAUUAGAAGCAUCAUUAAGGGAAAAAGAUAGACAAUUGCUUCAUGUAACCGAAAAACAUAAAGAAGAAUUAAAAGCUGUACAAACACAAGUGGCAAGGUUAGAAGCAUGUAAAUCUAGAGAAGGAGCCAAUUUAGAAUAUUUGAAAAAUGUAUUAAUCAAUUAUUUAACCACAAAUGAUUCAUCGAGCAAACGACAUAUAUUAAAUGCCAUAUCUACAGUUCUACGAUUUACACCAGAUGAAUUAGAGAAGGUCAAUCUUGUUAAAUAGAUUUUGAAAUGUCAGUAAUUAUAAAAAGAAAACAUAUCUCUAUAUGUUUU